GAGAGAGAGAGAUGGGGAUGAAGAGGGAGAGGAAAAAUCACAAUGUAACCAGAAAUCACCAGGUGAUAAAAAAUAUGUUAAAGAGUAGAGCAGGGAGUUCAGGAGGAGCAAGAGCAGAAAUGAUGUGAGUGAAGGGCGGGAGCUCCUCCAGACUGAGCCCAUGUGACUGAAGGCGGAACUGGAGAAACGCUGUGAAAACAGACGGAGAUGAAAAACUAGAGAAAUAUACUUUAAUUCCCUCAUCUGAAGCUCUUCUACACAGCCUCCAGGGAUGGCCAGCGCUCCUCCUAUGGAGAUCAUGGGUCCGACGGGACAGGCAGCUCCCUGCCCACCGACUUAUGAAGAGUCUGUGAACGCAGGAACGCCGUUCCCCCCCGGGGCUCAUAUGCCCCCUCCGCCUGUCUACAGCAAGGCCCCCCAACCCCCCUACCCAGCCCAGGGCUACACCCAGAUGUACUCACCUCCACCUCCUCCCACUGGACCUGGAGCUCCUGUGGUGACUGUGCAGACCGUAUAUGUGCAGCCUGGCAUGGUGUUCGGGCACACUCCAGUGCAGGUCCACUGCCCUAACUGUGCCCAGACUGUAGUGACCCGUUUGGAUUACUCUUCAGGCACUAUGACCUGGCUGACCUGCGCAGGACUCUUCAUUUUUGGCUGUAUCUACGGCUGCUGUCUGAUCCCGUUCUGCGUGGACAGCCUGAAGGAUGUGACACACCACUGCCCCAACUGCAGCAGUGUUCUAGGAGUCUUCAAACGACUCUGAUGUGGCCGUGUGGUGCGCUGUGACUAACCAUAUAUACCUGUACACUUUCAUCAUUCCUUAUCUUUCUUAUUACUGCAAACGUGAAAAUGUAAAAAUAUGAUAAUAUAAAAAAAAACGCGUCAGGAAAAAUAUAUUUACCGAAAUAUUUAUUUUAAUCAAUGAGCCAGGUAUCAGGUCAGUACAUUUUAUAAAAAUAAAAAAAUAGCUUAGCAUUUAUUUAGAUAUCAAAUUCCCUUCUUUGUCAAAAUAUAAUGCUUUUUCUUGCACUGCAACCAAUCAAGUUACACUGUAUCUGUGUAGUCCCAUUAGUUUGGGUUUAUUUGUUGCACACUGCCGUCUAAAGUGCUUUAGUCAUCAUAUAUGUGGGCGGAGUCUCCUUAUACAUCACACAGAUUGUUUUUUAGAAUGUGGCCAAUUCAGUUUGUUGCCUUUCCAGGUGUUGUACUAAAUUUAUACUCUCUCUCUGCCAAAAGCUGACUCCCUACGAGUGCAGAUAACAGUUAAUCUACAGUUACAGUAGAUACAGAAUCAACAACAAUGUAAUCUGUUGUACCCGUCCUGCUACCUGUCGAUUUUGGCACAACACCGCUUCUUUUUCUUCUUUUGUUGUUUAAUGAUUGACAAUAGCCUGCCUAAACUUAUUGUAAUUUGUCUAAAUGUCCAAACAAUCUAGGAAAGAUUUGUUGUUCACACUGCAAAGAAACCAGACAACGGUUCAGUUAAUCCAGACCGAGACCAAAUGUUGGGUCAUAGCAAAUUUCUAGCACUUCUGCUUUACAGACACAAGGACAAUAUAUUAAAUGCUGUGUAGUCCAAUAAUAUAGGCCUUAUAUUGUUUAACACUGGCAUAUUUAAUGUGUACAUUCUGAUACAUAAAUCAGAAUAACAGGUGGGUGAAGAACAAUACUUUAGUUCUUCUGUACUUCAGUAAAAGUAUAUUUAGUAAAAUUAUCUGAUUAUCAUCUUUGGAUUUCUGCAGUUAUCUGAAUAUUCAAGUGUUCAUGUAAACAGCAUAAUAAUCCAAUUUCUAAAAUUGGAUUAAGGCUUUAAAAUCUGAUUAAGAAAUCUGUGAAAAGAUUUUAGCUCAGUAAUCAGAUUUCUCAGCAUAUAUGUACUCUCUCUUUGAUUGUUUCAGUUUCCUUAGUCUGCACAUGUAUGCAAAGUCACUGGAUAUGACACAUUCUUGUAAAAAAAAAUCUCAUCUUUAUAUUUGUGAAGAUUAGUAAGGAUCGGCCAGUAAACUGUGUUUUUAUAAAAUGUGGCAGGAAGUUUACGUACUUCUGAAAGAUUUUUCGGCUACUAACAAAGUUGAAAUCCGAUUAUUGCCAGACCCAGAUUUUUCCCAUUAUUAGAUUACCCAAGUGCAUUGAAAAUACAUAUACAGUUAUCUGAUUAAUAAUAAGAGUUAUUCCUUUAAUUUACAGAUAUUGUAUAGUAGUAAUUUAUAACAAAAUUGUCUCUUAAAAAGAGCAGAAAAAUAAGUUACUUUUAAUACAAAUAUAUGAGCUGUGGGAAAUAAUAAUAAUAAUAAUAAUGCAAAGAAAAGUUUGGACAGUUUAUUUUUUUGAAGGAAAUGCAGAAAUGUUGCAGUUUAAAUGGUUUAGGUUUAUGGCUUUGCUAUGUGUUUUCUGGGGUAUUCCAGGUGGUUACUGUGGUGUUUAUAAAUGGCUGCUUUGUUGUUGCUAGGUGCUUACCUAGCUGGGUUGCAACAGUGUUGCAAGGUGAUUGCAGUGGUAUCUCAUGUGGUUGUUGCUGAGUGGUUGCUAAGAGGUUGCUAUGGUAUUUUACAGGGUUGCUUCGGUGUCUAAAGUUUUUCUUAUUAUUAUUAUUAUUAUUAUUAUUUUAGCUAUUAUUAUUGCUAUGUCUACUAACUUUUCCUUGAGUACAGAAUACAACGAAAUAACAGUUUUAAUAAUAAAUUUACGUAAAAUAUUAUUUAUGCUGUGCCAUAUAAAAAACACACUGGCUCCAAAUUUUCUUUAGUUUUUUUGUAGAUUGUACUGCACUUUGUCCACCUCUGGAAAAUAUUGUAGCAAAUGAAUGAAUUACUGAAAUACAGAAGCCUGUUCCAGUUGAUUUUUACUGUGUUGUAUGACUGACAUUGCAAUGAAUCAAACUGCCUAAAAGGGGCAAUACUUCUUUAUAUUGAUAAUUAAUGCAGAUUUAAUUGUUUUUGGCAAACAGAAUCAGAUCUGCUAUAGCAGAAACUGCUGUGUACCUCUGAAAGUGCCUUAUUCUGUUGCUCUGUGAUUUUAGAAGUAAAGGGUGAGUUUCUCUUCUAUAAGAAAGUUUGUUUAAUGCUGUUUUAUCACUGUGCCAUUCAGUAAUCACAUGUUAUAAAAAGUUAUGUUUAUCUACACAGGGUUCUGUCCACUGCAUUUGUAAUCUCUGUGCACUUCUGCGGAUAAUUAAAGUAAUAAUCUGCUUUAAGGGUCA